ACCGCCUCUGUUUGUCCGCGCCCGGCCUGGCCCAGCGGCGGGGCCUGACGGGGGCCGAGCGGCGCCGGGGCCGGGCCGGGCCCUGUGAGCGGGGAGGGGGGGGGGACACCGGGGCCUCGUCCCCGCCAUGCGGCGCUUGGUGCCGGUGUCCCGGCAGCAGCUGGCCCGGGCGCUGGGCGGCAGCAGCGUGGUGGUGAAGGCGCUGAGCGGCGCCGUGCUGCUGCUGUACGCGCUGUCCUUCGCGCUGGACACGGCCCCGGCGCUGGCGGUCACCCCGGGGCUGCUGCUGCCGCCCGGCUGCCGCCUCUGGACGCUGCUGACCCACGGGCUGCUGGAGCGGCGGGCGGCCGGCGUGGCGCUCAGCCUGGGCACGGUGGCGGCGGCCGGGAGGCUGCUGGAGCCGCUGUGGGGGGCGCUGGAGCUGCUGCUGUUCUACGCCGCCGUCAACGCGGCCGUGGGGCUGCUGGGGGCCUGCGCCUACUGCCUGGCCUACGCCGCCACCUUCCGCCUGGCCUACCUGUUCGAGGUGCGCAUCCACGGCGUGCCCGGCUUCCUGGCGGCCGUGCUGGUGGCGCUGAAGCAGACGAUGGGCGACAGCACGGUGCUGAGGGUGCCGCAGGUGAGGGUGAAGGCGGCGCCCACCCUGCUGCUGCUGCUGCUGGCAGCCCUGCGGCUGGCAGCCCUGGUGGAGAGCGCCGCGCUGGUGUCCUACGGCUUCGGGCUGCUGUCCAGCUGGGUCUACCUGCGCUUCUACCAGCGCCACAGCCGGGGCCGCGGGGAUAUGUCCGACCACUUCGCCUUCGCCACCUUCUUCCCCGAGAUCCUGCAGCCCGCCGUGGGGCUGGCGGCCAACCUGGUGUACGGGCUGCUGGUCAAGGUGAGGCUGUGCCGGAAGACGGUGAAGCGCUACGACGUGGGCGCCCCCUCCUCCAUCACCAUCAGCCUGCCGGGAACGGACCCCCAGGACGCCGAGAGGAGAAGGCAGCUGGCCCUGAAGGCGCUGAACGAGCGGCUGAAGCGCGUGGAGGACCAGACGGCGUGGCCCAGCAUGGAGGACGAGGAGGAGGAGGUGGUGGUGAAGAGCGAGGGCCCGCUGCCCGCCGAAUCCACCGCGGCGGGGAAGGCAGCCGGCCACGAGAGCAGCCUGAUCAGCUUUGAGGACGCCCCGUCCCAGCCGUGAGCUGCGGCCCUGCCGGCCCCGUCCUCCCUGCCCAGCUCCACGGGAGAGCCGCCAACGCCCGCACGGGGACGCUGCCUGCGGGGACGCUCCCGGCCCGGGGACAGGGGCUGCCUCAGCCCAGCACCGAGGGCCUGAGCGCCGUGGGGCUCUGCCUCUCGCUGCCCCCCCGGCGUGGAUGUGGAUGCCCGCGCCGGGAGCUUUGUUCUGGAGGGAGACCUCGGGCCGGUCCGCGCAGGCUGACCCCUGCUCCGAGGCCGCGAAGGGACCUCCUGGCACCCGGGGAGCCAAGUCAGCGAGUGGCACCGCGCUUCCUCGCUUCUCUGCACUCGAAACUUCGUUUUCUCCUUUCUCGAUUUCGUUUGGUUCCUGAUCUCGGGAACGGGAAGGCUCGGGGGGCUUUGCAGAGUCCUCUGCCCGUUCCCACCCUCCUUCCCUUUGCCCCAGCAGGAGGCCGACGGAGCUCCCGCGUGGGGCCAGCGCCCGGAGCAGGGAUCGACCCUGGCUCCGUGGCGUUCAUUCCGUGGCGUUGCCUCUCCUCUGUUUCCUCUCCUGCUGCAGCAUUGCCCCAGCAGGGGCCGGUGCCCUCAGCUGCCGCUCCACUAAUCCGUUUGCCAGAUUAUCCUAGAAGCUGGAAUUAAUUUUUACAGCGGGGCACAAGCUGCUUCCUCUGGCACCGGGUUUCUCUCCUUCAAGUAGAAACGGGCUCCCCCUUCUGUCCUGCUCCCUCCGCGUGGCCGGGCUGUCCUGGGCGAGGGAGGGAGAGGCUGCUCCCCAGAGCUCCUCGCCCCAGGCUCUGGGCCGCAGCCCGUGGCGGCGCGAGUUUAUUUUUCUAAAGGACCACGCGGGAAGGUUUUGUCACCCAGGGAAAACACAGACGUUUCGGUAUCAAUAAACAGUUCUUUGAAAGAGCA